CUGCCCUCUCCUCACAGGAGUACGUGCUCCGGUCUGGCACACUCCGGCCCGUGCACGGUGCCCCUGACAGCCCCAGGUAUGCUCGGGUUACACUUGCUGCUCUUCCUGGCACCCUGCUUGUCCCAUGCCCAAGACUAUGCCCCCCCUCGCUAUAACUUCAGCCUAGACUUGCCUCCUGUGCAGCGCUGGGAAGCCGUGCUGAAGAAUUACAACUACAGAGAAGUGAAGGCAGCCAUGGACUAUAUGCUGGAUGCAACGUUACCUAAAUGGGUACAUGCUAUCAUCCGUCCCCUGGCAGAGGUGGAACUGUAUUUUCUUGUUCGUGAGCCAUAUGCCGGAGAGAUAAAGGGAAUUGCCAGGACACUUGGAGUUAAUGUUGGCGAUGUAGUGGCCUUAAACCUAUGCUAUGAAGCUACAGCGUUUUGCACAAGUAUUAUUGCCCAGGAUGAUAAGGGAAAUAUUUACCAUGGAAGAAACUUGGAUUACUACUUUUCUGAUAUAUUAAAAAAACUGACCGUUGAUUUGGAUUUUGUACAAAAUGGGAAGGCUGUAUACACAGGAACAACCUUUUUGGGUUACGUUGGUCUGUGGACUGGUCAAAGGCCCUAUCAGUUUACUGUAUCUGCCGAUGCAAGAGAGCGUGGGCGUAAAAAUUGGUGGAAAAAUGCAAUUGCCGCUUUUUUCGAAAGAAGUUCUCCUGUCAGCUGGUUAAUAAGAGAUGCAUUGAAUGGUGACAAAGAUUUUGAGACUGCGGCUAUGCGACUCUCCAAGACACCAAUCAUUGCUGAGACAUAUUAUAUUAUGGCUGGCACACAGUCACAUGAGGGAUUGGUGAUCACCAGAAACAGAAAUGGACCUGCUGACAUCUGGCCUUUGGAUCCUUUAACUGGAGAAUGGUUUCGUGUAGAGACAAACUAUGACCACUGGACCACUCCACCUCCUGAUGAUGACCGAAGGACUCCAGCUAUAAAAGCUCUGAAUGCUACUGGGCAAGCGAACAUCAAUAUAGACACAUUAUACAAGGUCUUGUCGGUGAAGCCGGUGAUGAAUUUAAUUACCAUUUAUACAACAGUGAUGAGUGCCGCAACACCAGAGAACUACAAAACUCAAAUAAGAAAUGGAGUUUAAGUACUCUAGAGUAUGAAGAUCAUUCACCAACAGUCACUUUUUGUAAUGUGAACUUACCUCAGUCUACUAAAAAGCAAAUCUAAGGAAGUAGUGACCUAAAGCCUGCUGUUUCCACACCUCACAAAUAUUGUAUAUGAGCCAAGACCAAGCAGUGACAAAUUAUUUUUAAGGUGCUAAGAAACGAAUAAAAUUGUCACUCUUUUGGUAUCUUUUACCUAUUGUGUGAAAAAUAAAGAUGCUGUAAUUUAGUACCCUG